AUGACUAUUAACCCUGUCGUACCAACUCCUUGGACGGAAACUCCGUUGAAGACAUCAGCUACGUUGUCCAAGCUGGCUGGAUGCCGCGUUCUUUUAAAGCUGGAGAACCUCCAGCCUAGCGGAUCCUUCAAGUCCAGGGGCAUCGGUAACCUAGUCCGCAAAGCCGUCAUCGCCGCACCACCCAACACACCACUACACUUCUACGCUUCUUCCGGCGGCAAUGCAGGACUGGCAUGUGUGACCGCCGCGACCGCCUUAGGAUAUCCGUCCACAGUGGUGGUUCCCACGCUGACGAAGCCGAUGAUGAUGGAAAAGAUCAAGACUGCAGGCGAAGGACAAACGAACGUGAUGCAGAUCGGGAAGAUAUGGCUUGAAGCUGAUAGACAUUUGCGAGAAGAGAUUUUGGCACACGACCCCAAUGGAAUAUACGUGCCUCCCUUCGAUCAUCCGGAUAUCUGGGAGGGAGCGGAGACUUUGGUGCAGGAAAUAGAGGAGCAGCUCGAGGGAGGAUUGCCCGAUGCCAUAGUCGCCUGUGUAGGAGGAGGAGGACUUCUGACUGGAAUCUGUCAAGGAAUCGCUAAGUCGCCCAUACAACAAGACAAUAAGACAUUAGUCAUCGCCAUCGAGACAGCCGGCGCGGAUUCUUUUCACGCCUCGGUACUAGCCAAAGAGAAUACUACUAUCCCCGGAAUCACCUCGAUUGCCACCUCCCUCGGCUGCACUCGCGUAGCUGAUGAAGCCUUCAAAUGGUCUCAAUCUCAAGAGGUCAACGUUCAUUCGCUCGUUGUAAGCGACAAAGAAGCCGUCGAAGCGUGUCUCCGUUUCGCAGAUGACGAAAGGAUAAUGGUGGAGCCUGCAUGCGGAGCGACGCUCGCUGCGAUAUAUAGUGGGAAACUGAAGGAGGUGCUGGAAUUGAAGCUGAACGAGGACAGUCAGGUGGUGCUCGUAGUUUGCGGAGGCUCGAAUAUCUCGCUGAAGAUGCUGGAGGAGUACAGGCAUAUAUUCAAUAUCGAAUGA